AAAACAAGAUAACCGACCAAAGAUUUUAUUACCAUAAACCAUAAUUUAAUUAUGUUAUAAAAGUAUAUCCAUUUAUCCCCAAAAACUACACAUUUCCAUCCUCAUUAAAAAUUAAAAAAAAAAGCUUCAAAAAUCAGUAUCUCUUCUCAUCAAUGGCGCCCAAUUACAACUUCAACCUUGUUGCCAAAGACUAUCCAUUCAUGACUUGUCUUGUGAAGGUGAACACUCGGUCGUCUUGGCAAAGAACUGUUACCAAAGUGUUGAACAAAUGUCACGGCAUAUACAGUUUCAGAAUGGACGACCACGGAGUAGUUGAAAUCGCCGGCGCAGUCGAUCCAAGCAUGCUGCUGAAAAUGCUCGGAAAAUCCGGAAGCAAAGCGGAGCUGCGUUGGUUACAGUUCGGCGAGUGUUCCAGCAAUUUAUUCAUGCCCGUGAAGCACACGAAUAACGGAGGGUACUACGGUGGGCCCACCACCUACUCGCAAGACGGGAGAUACCUCCAUUAUGGCGAUCUGACCCGUCCGAAGCUACCUUCACAAGACGGUCUCAGAUCAACGGCCCACAAUCAAAGCCACCACAACUACCAAGAUUAUUACGAUCAGUACGCCCACAAUCACAACAACCAGGAUUAUUAUCCGCUCCCGAGUGAUUAUAAUCAAGCUUAUGAUUAUGGACACGAUUAUCCAAAAUCUUAUGAUUAUGGAUAUGAUUGCAACCAUAACGAUUACAGACAGGAUUAUCAGAACUACGGGCGUGGUUAUCGUGGUGAAGAUAUCGAAUGUUGCACAAUCAUGUGAGAUUGUGUUGCACUACUCUACACACAACUGAAAUAUAUAUAUUUUUUAUUUCAGUUGAGUUUAUUUGUCUACGAGCACUUUUUUAGAAGCUCGGUAGUCUUGUUUUUGUUUCGGUUACGAGCACAUUUUUAGAAGCUCGUUAGUCUCCGAUUUUUUUUUUCUUUCCUCUAUUUGUAUCAUGGAACAUUUGAAUAAACUAUUGUUUAGUCUUGUGUAAACAAUGUCUAGUUUCUUCAUUUAUCGAAGAAUUUCGAUAAUUAACUACUCUAUGAAC